GAAAAAAAACUGAACUGAAAUUUAUUAAACUGAAAUUUGCUUAAUUGAGUUGAAAUUUGUUGAAUUGAAUUAUACUAAAUAGAAAUUCGCUGAAUAGAACUGAAAUUUGCUAAAUUGAACUGAAUUAAAAAGGUCUUUAAAAGAGUCCAAAAGAACAGGACCUAAGUGUACAUAUAGCCUUUUCCUUGAAAAAAAUAGAGGGAGUAUAAAAGUCAAAAUUGAGUUGCCUACUCUUUUUAUUUAUUUAUUUUAUUUUAUUUUAUUUUUUAAUUUUGGGUAUAUAUAAUGGAGCUUUUGUUCUCUCUCACUCCAUAUUUGAAUCCUUCUCUACCAUCCUAAGUCUACGUCUACUGCACAAAGUGAGAGAGAGAGAGAGAGAAAAAAAAAAAAAAAACCAAAGAAAUGGAUCAUUCAACAGCAACCAAAUUAGAAUACUUUGACAACAUGUUGAAGCUUCAUUCAGAGGCAACAUUUCUCUCCCAUUUGCAGACAGAUGAUGGUAGACAAGCAAUGAUAUUGGAUUCCACUAUAUUUUAUCCUCAAGGAGGUGGGCAACCUUCAGAUACUGGGUUGAUCACCAAUAUCAAUUCAUCCUUCAAAUUUGUUGUUGAUGAUGUAAGAAACAAAGAUGGAAUUGUUUAUCAUUAUGGGCAUGUUGAAACUUUGAAAGGAAAUGAUGAGUCGGAGUGGGACAUUAAGAGUGGAACGAUUGUUUAUUUACAUGUAGAUGAAACUCGUCGUAAUCUCAAUUCGAGGCUGCAUUCAGCAGGACAUGUUCUAGAUAUAGCAAUACAUAAUGUGGGAUUGGGACAUUUAGAGCCUGGGAAAGCCUAUCACUUUCCUGAUGGGCCAUUUGUUGAAUAUAAAGGGACCAUUCCACAAACUGAAUUGCAAAAUAAACUAGAACAGUUAGAAAGGGAUGCUAAUGUCCAAAUUUCAAGAGGUGAAAAGGUUUUUGUUGCUGUACUGCCCUAUGAUGAAGCUGCUGAGAUGUGUGGUGGUCAGCUACCAGAUUACAUCCCCAAGGCGUUCUAUGUUAGAACCCUUACGUCGAAAAGAAUUACCGAGUAUAAACUAUGAUGCACAUGAACUUGGUGGGCAAUUGGCUUUGGCAUUGUGGAUUGAAGCUUAGCUCAUUUUCAGUGCAAUGUGAUUUAUAGCAUGGCCUUAAUGACAUGGAUGGGUUGUUUUUCGAUAGGGAAGAUCCAUCCUCUCUCUUUUUUGCUCUUAUUCCCUUACUUAUCCUAACUCUACUCUUUUCUUUUUGACAUUGUUUUUCUUUCUUUGCUCUAAUUCACAUAAGCCCGCUAUUGGUUAUGGUGAACAGAUUUCACCGAUGCUCCCACUGGUUGUAGUCGUGGUUGUAGUAUGGGCUUAGGUUUCUUUUAAUGUCAGAGUAUAUACUUUCACCAAUAUCCAAACUUGAAGAGUUGAGGGGCAUUGCCACACAUUAAGAAACUCCUAUUUGAUUAGCUAUUUGUGACUUUUUUUAUAUUAGUAGACGUUAAGUGACGUGGUUAUGGACAGGUCCAAUUACUAUAGGGUUAGGGUCAGAUUUAGAGGGCUUUUAUUAGACAAGGGCACAAGGGAUUAAUGGACAGGGUCAUUAUAGGGCCAAUAAGAUGUCCCAAUAAUUUUGAAACAUUUUUUACCAGCCAGUGCAAUAUUGACCCACUAUACCCGCAACCCGUUUUAGCCCGACAUGUUUAAACUCUUUUUCAGGUGACCCUUUUAUGACUUAAUAUUCUUUUGACCUGCAUUGACCUUGUCCCAAUCUGUCAAUAACCAGGUCUAGAUAUUAUUAGUAAGGCUUUCUAAAUUGUCAAGUUGUCAUCUUCCAUUGCUAAAUUCAUUGUUUUAUGCUUUCAUCAAUCAUAUGAUUAGCUUCUGUUAGAACGAGAAACUGCAUUUCUCUUUCCAAUUGUAUUCUAAAGUGAUUUUCUAGGAACUAACUUAACUCCUUGUAACUUUAUUCUGGCAACAACAUGUAUUAGCCCAAAGAUUGUCCUACCUUUUUAUUUAUUUAUAUUUUAUUAUUUAUUGGGUUCUGUUAUGGGAUAAUCACCUAAGGUGGUUUGCAUCUAAGAUGUAAGGAACUUGAAGAGUGGUAAAGUGAGCAGUAGGGGAAGGCCAAAGCAAAUUCAGAGGAUGAUUGAGGAUAUGAGUCUUUUAGUGAUUGAGGAAAUUAUGGUGUUGGAUAGAGUGGGGUGGAGGGAGAAAAUCUACAAUGAGGACAUGUCAUGACUUUAAAUAUACACUUUUUAUUUCCUCCCCUGGUAUCUGAACUCAUUUAGUUUUGUUUAUUUCCUUUGUUAAGGUUUUUCUCAAACUUUUUUGUGUUUUUACUCGCAUGUCUUCCUUUUGUUUUUAUCUCCCCGUAGCCUCCUUUUGUAAACUUUCUCUAAUUUUCUUAUAUACUUUUUCAGAUUUUAUGCAAAAUUUUAUUUAUUUUUUUCUCAUUGUUUGUCCACUUUCAUUGCAUCACUUUUCUUUUUUCAUUACAUAUUAUGCUGACAGUUAGUUAUGAUGAUUCAUAUUAGUUAAGCCUAAAUGAUUUUGGAACUAAGACUUUAUUAUUGUUGUUGUUGCUGAGAAUCUUCUGAUGGAUCAGCUAUAGCUAUGUAAAUGUGAACUUUAGAUUCUAAUGUGUGUAAAAUGGGCUGAUUUUCAGCUUUAUUCAACCCCCCCACCCUGGUAAAAAAAAAUCCUCAGACUUUGAAGAGCAACUGUUUAUCUACUUCUUUUUUCUAGUUUCAAGUAUGAAAUAAGUUUGUCGUGUAGUUUUUCUUUGAUAUUAAUAUUUGUUAAUGUCCACAGUCUGUACUCUUGCU